AUGACCACUGUAGUUUCCACCUACAUACGUAAUCCUAAAAUGGCAUUUUCUGUGUAUCUGUGCAGUGUAUCGGGAUGUUGUUUAAUUCUGCUUUCACACUUGUCCUCCACAGCCCCUCCAAACAACAUAUCAGUGGUGGCGGAGAACACUCCGGCCCCUUUCAGUCGAUACCAGGCCCAGAAUUUCACUCUUCUCUGCACUGCGAAGGGAGGAAAACCAGCUCCUUCGGUGUAUUUCAAGCGUGACGGCGAGCUGAUCGAGGUGAUCUCCUACACGCACCCCACCAGCAUGGAGCAGGGGGGCGGCGCAGCAGGGGUGAGGGGAGCCAGGCCGCUCAUCAGCAGGGACCUGGACGACACCAAGCUGCAGCGGUCCCUGUCCCUCCUGGACCCCGAGGGCCGCUUGUCCCACCUGUACACGGACAACCCGCAGCGCGUCCACACUCAGGGCCAGCAGGCCUCCGAGCCCAGCCCCGCCACGGAGGUCAUUCCAGAGACAGUGGUGAGCCGGGAGUUCCCCCGCUGGGUGCACAGCACAGACCCGCUCUACUACUUCAGCCACACUCACAUCCCCCAGAGCGACGGCUCCGUGGUGGUGCAGGCCCGGCUCACCUGGACCCUCAACCCGCAGCUGGACAACGAUGCUCUGUUCAGCUGCGAAGUCAAGCACCCGGCGCUGUCCAUGCCCAUGCAGACAGAGGUCACUUUAGCCGCUCCGAAGGGUCCUAAACUCUUCAUGUCCCCCACGAGGGCAAAAGUGGGGGACACCGUGCGCAUAUCGGUGCAAGGAUUCCAGAAUGAGGUUUUUCCUGAGCCACUCUUCACCUGGACGCGAGUGGGAGGGCGCCUGCUGGACGGCAGCACGGAGCGAGAAGGGAAGGAGCUGAUUCUGGAGAGAGUGCCGGCUGAGCUGAACGGCUCCAUGUACCGCUGCACGGCCCAGAAUCCUUUGGGCUCCACAGACACACACACUCGCCUCAUAGUCUUUGAAAAUCCAAGCAUGAUGAAAAACACACAGAAUCAGAACAAUGAAGCCCCUCGCAUGGACGUGCUCGGACUGACGUGGAUGGCACUUGUCCUCACAGUGACAGUGGAACUGACGUGAAACCUCUCAUCCAAGACACUUGCGCUCACACAUAUGCACACACACACACAGAUACACGCACACACACACACACACACACACACACAGCACACACUUGCCCUUCUCAAAUAGCAUUUGCAUAAAUGUACAAACAGAAACACACACACACACACACACACGAGUACAAGCCUUCUCCAGUCAUCAGACCCUCCAUACGUCAGUUGAUCAGGAAACAGUGCCACCUCACGAUGGCGCCUCACUGUUUUUGUAACAAAAUAAUAACCGAUAACGAUAUCAAAAGAAGAACAACGUGAUGAACAUGACGGUAACCACCUCCUAUAUAGCCCUGCCCAGUUACACCUUUUUUUUUUUUUUUUUUUUUUUUUUGUUUCUUGUCCCACGUCUGCCUGUUGAUCAAUAAAAAUCAGUUGAUUUAAAAUGGAAAAGAGAAAAGCAUUUGGAUCUUAUUUUGAUGAGUCAAAAUGUCGUUGGUGUUGACUGAAAUGUGAAAAAGUGAACUGGCUUUGACUGUGACGCUCGACCAACCGCACCCCCUCCACCCAUCUGCUACAUGUCCUGGGAUGCACCCGAUUAGCUACAAGCUGAUAAACCACUGGAGAACAAAUACAGACGUGGCUCCGAGACAACCGUCUGUUUUUUUUAUUUUUAUUAAUAUUACAAGUUU